AAAAAAAAAAAAAACUCUUAACACGAUCUCUGGCCGUUUAGUCAUAUGGGCUUGGGCAAUUAAAAUCGUACAAUAUUUAGUGCAUGAAACUACGGCUUGAAGUUCAUUUCAGACGAAAAUUUCGAGUGUAGCCAUGUCCGCGAUCAUAAGGAAGAUUAUCAGCACCGCAAAAGCUCCAGCGGCAAUUGGGCCGUAUAGCCAGGCGGUGGUGGUGGAUCGUACCAUGUACAUAUCAGGGCAACUCGGAAUGGACCCUUCCACUGGGCAGCUGGUCACGGGGGGAGUGCAGGCCGAAGCCAAACAGGCUCUCAUCAAUAUGGGCGAGAUUCUCAAGGCAGCCGGUUGCAACUAUGACAAUGUCGUCAAGACUACAGUCCUUCUUGCUGACAUAGGCGACUUCAACAACGUAAAUGAUGUUUACAAGCAGUUUUUCAGCAGAAACUUCCCAGCCCGAGCCGCCUAUCAAGUUGCAGCCCUCCCUAAAGGUGGACUUGUGGAGAUAGAAGCGGUUGCUGUGUUGGGUCCUGUCACAGAUUCCUCCUGACUAUCCGCUCAGAACCUAAACAAACUGUAGCCCCCAUCUACAGGAACCAGCUACAGAGCCUACUGGAGAGGCCUGGGUUGGAUGGCGUAUCUCGUUCUGGUGCAUUAAUAAGGGCUCCUAAACACACUUGACAUGAUCAGUUUAAAUUAGUUUUGCGUGAUUCUGUUCUGCUCUGUUCUAGCUGUAACUUCACUCAAUUUGAGGGAUCGGAAUUUCAGAUAUUCCCGAAGACACAUGGGACCACAUCUCCAGGGCUUCCACCUGAUCUGCACUCCUUCGUCAGGGGAGCUGUUUCUGUGCUUUAUACCUGUAGGUCAGUAAGUUUGUGUCAUACAGACUGUACUGGUGUUCUGUGCUCAUCACACUGAUAUCCCAGCUACGGUUCAACAGCAGCAUGGUCCCUCUGACUUCCUAUUCACCAUUUCUCUGGCCAUCAGCUGUCUGUGCUUCACAGCCUCACUGACAAGGGAAAAAAAAUCUCUUUUCUAACCAAUUAAAAUGAUGUAA